CAGUGGCAGUGACUUCUCCAGCCACGAGCAAACAAUGACGAACCGUUUGCCUAUUGCCCUGCUUCAGUUACUGGCAAGGGACACCAAGUCAAAAGUCCUUCAGAAGGCUGAGGAGUACAUAACACAAGCUGCCAAAAAUGGGACAAAACUUGCCAUUUUGCCGGAACUGUUUACAGUAGAGCUGCAUCCCCCCGUUAUGAUGGCGAACAAAGAAAGUAUACCUGAUGGAGAGACGUCUCAGCUGAUGUCACACCUGGCCAGGGAACACAACAUGCACAUAAUAGCAGGCUCUGUACCAGAAGAAAUUAAAGGAAGCGAAAAAAUGAAAAACACAACUGCCAUAUUUAAUCCAAAAGGAGAGUUAGAAGGGAGAUAUACAAAGAUGCAUUCUUUUGAUGUUGAUUUGGGAGAACAUUUAUCUAUCCAUGAAUCUGAAUGGUUUGAGCAUGGAAACAAUCCAGCUACAUUCAAAACUGAUAUAUGUAAAGUUGGAGUAGGAAUCUGUAUAGACGUUCGUUUUCCUGAAAUAUCACGCUAUUAUACAGAACAAGACUGUAAAUUGCACGUCUACCUUGGAGCUUUUAGUGCAGCGAGAACCGGACCUGCACAUUGGGACGUCCUUUUAAGAGCACGAGCAAUAGACAACCAGGUUUACAUAGCAGCGUGUUCCCCGGCGGCAGAUAAGUCACAUCACUACGAAGCCUGGGGUCACAGUGCAGUGGUGGAUCCAUGGGGGAAGAUCAUAAGCCGGGCAGAGGGUGAAGAGUCCAUAAUAUAUGCUGAUCUAGAUAUGAAUUAUCUAAAUAAAGUGAGAGGCCAGCUUCCAGUGGAAAAGAUUCGCCGUAAAGACUUAUAUCAUCUAACGUACAACUGGUAG